AGAGGAAGGCCGGGGGGAGCGAGUCUCGCAACAGCAUCAGCACCGAGAAAUCUUCGUUCGAGCAAAAUGGUGUGAUCGAGACACAACAUACCUCGCGCAGCUCCCUCUCAGGUGACCAUCGUCCACUGUCUGGACGCCCUUUGUCCGACGACACCUUGACCAAUCCGACCCUGAGACUUCCGGCCAUCGGACGAAGCUGCCGUUCACCAUCAUUCGCAUCGGACCGCCUUCAUUCGCCGCCCGUCCGUCUGCUCUGUUUCGCGGGGCGCGAGUUUGCAGUCCUCGGGACGCGACGGUCGGACACCCCCCGGACGUCUCGGCCUCGCAGACCGGACAUUCCAGACCGUCUAGGCAGCUUGGGCUGUGCUGACGCUCGUUCGGUGGACGCAGUCGGACGCUGGGACAGACGCAAGUCGCAGCUGGACUCUCCGCGCUCGGCCGACUUGGACCACAAGUAUGAGGUCCAAUUGAAGUCUACUCCAUAUAUCUUAGCGUUUAGCUGUCAUGGAUUCAAUACGAACCAAAAUUUGCCCUGGCAAGGGCACGGGGUGGGCGAGGACAUUCUUGCUCCUGCUGAUGCUGCAGUCAUUAUUAGCUUUGGCCUCAACUGAAUGCAGCAACGAAUGUGUGUGGAAUGACACACUUAUGAGCAAUUAUGAAAAUCAGAAAUGGAUAUGGGAAUACUGCCUUGAGGUGCAAAAACUCAUGACCUGUCUUAAACAAGCAAAAACAAAGCGUGGAUGCAGAGGCAACAUCUCGCACAGAACACUAGCCUCUGGACUGUUCGUCCUGAACAAUAAAUUCAAUUGCCAUGCCCAACUCAAACAUCCCCAACCUGAACGUGAGGAAGAGGAACAACCUGUCACGGAGAUUGCUACAUAUGAGCCGCAGCAGCAUGAACACCAGCAGCAUCGUCAUCAGCAGCAGCAACCCCUCAACUGUUCCUACCAGGGCACCUACCCACAAAAUAUGCGGCACUGCGGCCUCUUCGGGGAUCCACACCUCAAAACGUUUCACGGGCAAUUCCAGACGUGCCGGGUGCUGGGCGCGUGGCCGCUCAUCGACACUAAGUACCUCGCUGUGACAGUCACCAACGUGCCAGUUCGGCCUGGAUCCGCUGCCACUGUGACUAGCAAGAUAACUGUGAUUGUGAAAGGCGGAGUGUCGCCGUGCACGCGCGAAAAGGUGUACGAAGCGCACGUGGAUCAUCUGCCAGGGUCGUUUGCCGACGGCUCGAACACCUCCGGCGAGCAUACGGAGCACAGCACCCAACUGAAGGUGUUGAAGGAGAACGAACAUGUCGAGAUCAGCGUGAGGCACCUUGGCGUGCUGAUCUCUGUGCGCAGGCACGCCGGCGCGCUGUCUUUCUCAGGCCAGCUGCCGGAGGACCUGGCCAUGGGCACGGGGGUCGCGCAGAAGGGCUCCCAGCAGCUGUGUGCCAACGGCUGUCCGGUGGGGGAGCAGUUCACGUCGUCGAACGACGCGACAGAGUACCUGGCCAUUUUCAGAGAGACGGCCCUGAGUUUAUGCGAGGGACGCGGCCUCAGCCCCACCUACCUCGAGUGGUGCGUGUUCGACGUGAUGACCACCAGCGACAAGCACUUCGCGGAAACGGCCAAAGCCGCGCAGGACGACGUCAUCCUCAUGGACCCCAUGGCAGACGCCGUGCUCAGCAGCGUUGCCCAGUGGCCCAUCUCGAGUGCCCCGCCGAGGACGGCUGUUUGGCCAGCGCUCGCGAUGCUGCUUAUUGCGCUAGCCGCGUGGAGGUAGCUGCUCGUUAAAUAGUUGGUGAACUACUGAAGCUCUAAGCAACUGUCUUGUGUACCUGUUAUGAAUAAUUUGGAUUGGACUCGCCCAGAAUGUGCGACACGCAGCCUUUUAAGUGUUUGUGUUUCUUCUCUUUGACAACUUAUAAUAUGUAAUUUGCAUCAAAUGAAAUGUACACACCGAAUAGAGAGACACUUUUAAUAUUCAAUUCUCUAGAUUUGCCCCUUUUGGUAAUCUCAAUCUGAUUUAAAUUACUCUCUUGAUAAGAAAAUUGCAAUAAUGGAAAUGAGUUUGUUCACAUGACCUGCCAUUGGAUGAAAAUCUCAUCCCUCUCUCUCUCUCUAUUCAAGCAAAUAGUAUAAUUAUUUCGUCUUUUUGGAAAGCAAAAGCUUGCUUGAAAAUGAAUAUAGGAAGCAAUUUUAUGUUGAGACUGAUUUUCAGAUGAAAUAGUUUAAUUUAUGACGUCCCUUAACACACGCCAAACCCAGCGCAGUUAACUUUGUAAUUAUGAUACAAAAUCAGGAAUUUAUGUUAACGUCAGUAUUAUAGAUGUAGCAACCCCGAUUAAAUGCGCACAAAAGUCUCCAAUUGAUUUGUAUAAAUGUGUAAAGUAAAUAAACGAACCAAGCAAAUAAUGACAAAUCAUGAUAAAAA